AUUUCAAGAAUGGCUUCAACCUCGUGUGAAAUCUGAAAAAUUUUGAUUGAACAGUCGUCACUGUAUGGUAGAAUAAGUUAUUGUUAAAUAUAAUUCAAUUUUGAUAUUAUUUCAGUUGAAAUUAUUUUGAAAAAGAAGAAUCAACAUGCCUCCUAAAGGUCGAAGUCGUGGAUUUAACAACCACAAGGGUCAAAGACGUCACUUUACAAAUCCUGAUCAACUGGCUGAGAGUGAAGAGAAAAAAGAAAAAGAGAAACAGUGGAGGCAACAACGAGGUGAAAUCAGCAGUGAUGAGGAAUCAGAGGAAUCCAGUGAAUCUUCUUCAGAAUCAUCUGAAGCAGAAGAAGAAAGUGGGGAUGAAAAGGAUAAGCAGGCAAAGGCAAAAGGUGUUCAGCAUCUGAUUGAAGUAGAAAACCCCAAUCAUAUUGUGAAGAAAGAGAAAAAAGUAGAUGCUAUAAAGCUUGAUGAAAAUACACAGCUUUCUCGUAGAGAACGAGAAGAACUGGAGAAACAGAGGGCAAAAGCUCAUUAUCAGAAAAUGCAUGCAGCUGGUAAAACAAAUGAGGCAAAAGCAGAUUUAGCAAGAUUGGCUAUAAUUAAGAAGCAACGAGAAGAAGCUGCAAAACGUAGAGAAGAAGAAUUAAAAGCUAAACAAGAGGCUGAGAAAGCAAAAGCCAACUUGACAAAGAAAGCCCUUGGAAAAAAAACAUGACAUCUUUUCUACUAAAAUUAUUUUGUUUCCACAAUCCAAAUUUAUGUUCAUUCAAAAUAAGUGCAGGUUGCAUUGACAUUGUUUUUAUUUUUAACUUUGUGCUUUGCUUGUCUACUUUUGAACACAAUUUUGUUUGUAGAGCUGUAAAAAAUUGUUUGUGUCGAGUAAAAUUUUUUUGUUAAA